UUUUAUUAAUGAUUCUAGUCAUACAUAGUGGCCUUAAUAGUUUAAAUCCAAAAAGAAAAAAACAAUUUGCUCUGAUAUGGAUCAUGCCCUAAUUCUCCACCAUUGUCGAAACUCUCAUUUCAACCUCCAUCCCUCUACUCGUUUCAACAUUAAUUCAUAUACAAAACUGACCAAACCUCAUGAUUUGGUCUUUUUGAGACCAAAACACAAAACCCUUAAUAAUAAUAGUAGUAUCACUACAAGUACAGAUCUUACCCUAGGUCAUCAGCCAAAGAGGAUCAAUAUCAACACUACCACUCAAGCUCAUCAUGGCAGAUUUUCUCUAUCAGCACUACCAUCAUCAUCAUCAGAUCAUCAUGAUUAUGGUCAUCAAGAUCAGGAUCAUGAUGAUUAUGAAGGAGGCAAUAGUACAAAAAUAGCCAAAAUAGUAAGUAGCUGGAGAGCUUCUUUGGCUUUGGGGUAUGUUCUUGGGAUUCUCUGUUGCGGGUCCAUGGUAGUAUUCAUGAGACCCCAAAAUGCCAUUGCUAGUUUUCACUUACGUUUUCCGUCUAGAUCAUCAUCAACAAGGGAACCGGCAGCAGAGGUAGGUAUGAUCAGCCCAGUAAGUGGUAGGAAUACUUUGAAGACAUUCUUGCAUGGGGUUCUGUUCCUGACCUCUGCUAAUCCUAAGGCCACUUCCAUGGCCAACGUCCCUCCAAUGGGGUCCGGCACUGAAGAAAUUUCAGCUCUUAAGAAAAAAGCAAUUGAGCUAAUCAAAGUUGGAAGAAGAGAUGAAGCGUUGAAACUAAUGAACAAGAAACGCGAUGCUGUUAUGAGGGCACCAGAGGAAAAGUACUAUGUCGAAAUGGCAAUAAUAGAACUUCUUAUUAUUCUGGGGGAAUAUAGGGAAGCUUUGCGAUUGGGGUACCUCGAUGAUGAAAAUAAAAUCCCUUCAGAUUUUGUUCGACGUGAUUUUUACAAGGCCGUUAUAUACACGAUGAUGGGUAAAGAUGAAGCAGAAAAGUUUUGGCAAGAGUUUGAGGACGGUUACUCGGGCGGUGGCCCCUUCUCACCAUACUGAAAUAUAAAUACUACAUAUGUUGUUUAAUAAUAUUGAGAAAUGUUUCUUUUUGGAGCAAGUAAUUUAUUAGAAUGAUACUAUUACCAUCAUAAUAUUGCUAUUUAUCAACAAAUUUAUUGUACCAAAUGCAUGCGGUGUCAAUAGUGCAAAGCAAAUAUUAUUGGUUGUUGUUAAACAAUAGCCAAUCCUCUGUAUUUCUCCUAAUUCACAAUUAGUUGUAUCACCUCUCUAACUCUCCAAUAGGAGGUUUACACGUAUUCUAUUUUGUUCUUACUUUCAACA